UGUGUAGUUCCUGCUCCUGUUACAUCUCUGUUUAUAUAAAGUGGAGUGUGUGUGUGUGUGUAUGUUUGUGUGGGUGUGUGAGAGAGAGAUUUUACACUGCAAAAAGAGAGAGAGAGAGAAAGAUAGAGAGAUAGAUGUUACACUGUAAAAAGAGAGCGAGCGAGAGAGAGAUAGAUGUUACACUGUAGAGAGAGAGAGAGAGAGAGAGAGAGAUGUUACACUGUAAGAAGUUGUAGUUGAAACUCCGCCUUUUCUCCACCGGAAAUGACUCAAAAGUCAAAGUGAAAGCAAGUACCGAGAAAAACACGAAGCUCUUUGGAACAGAAUCGCACAGGACUCAGCUAAACUAAUACUAAGAGACAGCAGUCAUUAGACUUUCUGAAAUAAUGUCGGGGGAGUGUGAGGAACUCAGAACAUCUGAAAUGAGUCAUCAAGAGGAGCAGCACAAGAUCCAAAGUGGAAUUAAGAAAAGGUCAGUUUCUCCUGUAUCCAGCUGCGUGUCCUAUAACAGUGACCGCUCACUGCCGCUUCCUCUCAACUUUACAGAUGGAACAUCCUCUGUGGAAAGGGGAACUGUGGAAAGGUCAAAUUCUCCUGUAUCCAGCUGCUUGUCCUUUAAGAGUGACCGCUCACUGCCACUUCCUCUCAACUUUAAAGGUGGAACAUCCUCUGUGGAAAGUGAAACUAAGGAAAGGCGUCUCUCGCCUGUAUCCAGCUGUGUGUCCUAUAAGAGUGACCGCUCACUGCCGCUUCCUCUCAACUUUACAGAUGGAACAUCCUCUGUGGAAAGAAACCAAAAACAGAAACCAAAACUCAACUGCAGAAAUCGGAUGGAGUCCAUAUUCAAGGAGCUGGAGAACAAAGUCAUCACUCUGUUGAAGAAUGAGCUGAACAGGUUCAAGAAGCUACUGAGUGCUGAUUUCCCAGCAUGCUCUGAGGAGGAGGAGGAGGAGGAUCUGCACUGUUUCAGAGAGGGUGUGCUGAAGAUCACACUGCACAUCCUGAAGAACAUGAAGCAGAAAGAUCUCGCUCACACACUGCAGAUCAAGCUGGCCUCUGUGUAUCAGCGAAAGCUCAAAUCCAGACUUCUAGAUAAAUGUAAAAGAAUUAAUGAAGGAAUCUCACAGCAUGGGACAUUAACACUUCUGAAUCAGAUCUACACAGAGCUCUACGUCACAGAGGGUGGGAGUGGAGACGUCAAUAAAGAACAUGAGGUGAGACAGAUUGAGACAGCGUCCAGGAGACCAGCAGCAGAGGAGACACCCAUCAAAUGUAAUGAGCUCUUUAAAGACAAGUCCAUCAGAAGUGUGCUGACUAAAGGAGUAGCUGGAAUUGGAAAAACAGUCUCUGUGCAGAAGAUCAUUCUGGACUGGGCUGAAGGGAAAGCGAAUCAGGACGUCACCUUCAUGUUUCCACUUCCCUUUAGAGAGCUGAAUUUGGUGAAGCAGGGGACCUUCAGUCUGAUGAGCCUUCUUCAUCAGUUUUUCCCUGACAUUAAGGACUUGGAAGUAAUAGACAGUGAUGCCUACAAAGUCCUGUUCAUCUUUGAUGGUCUGGAUGAGUGUCGACUUCCUCUAAAUUUCCAGAAGAAUGAGAUGUUGUGUGAUGUGACAGAGUCAGUCUCAGUGGAUGUGCUGCUGACAAACCUCAUCAAGGGGAAUCUGCUUCCCUCUGCUCACCUCUGGAUAACCACUCGACCAGCAGCAGCCAAUCAGAUCCCUCCUGAGUGUGUAGCCCAGGUAACAGAGGUACGAGGGUUCAGUGAUCCUCAGAAAGAGGAGUACUUCAGGAAGAGGAUCAGUGAUCAGAGCCUGUCCAAUAAAAUCAUCUCACACAUGAAGUCUUCCAGAAGCCUCUACAUCAUGUGCCACAUCCCAGUCUUCUGCUGGAUCUCAGCCACUGUUCUAGAGAGAAUGUUGGGUGAAGCAAAGAUUGGAGAGAUCCCCAAGACUCUGACUCAAAUGUUCACAUACUUCCUGAUCUUUCAAAUCAAACACAAGGACCAAAAGUACCAUCAGAACUGUGACCUUGAUCUUCCCCAGACCAGAGAGAGUAUCCUGACACUGGGAAAACUGGCUUUCCAACAGCUGGAGAAAGGAAACCUGAUGUUCUACGAGGAAGACCUGAGAGAGUGUGGCAUUGAUGUCAGAGAAGUGGCAGUGUACUCAGGAGUGUGUACCCAAAUCUUCAGAGCAGAGUCUGGACUCCACCUGGGGAAGAUGUUCAGCUUUGUGCAUCUGAGUGUCCAGGAGUUUUUGGCUGCAUUAUAUGCAUUUCUCUGCUUCCUUGACAAAAACCCAACAAAAGAACAAACCACUGAUCUUUCUGGUCUUUUCAACAUAUCAGAAAUGUCUGACUUCCUCAAGAGUGCAGUGGAUCAGGCCUUAUGGAGUGACAACGGACACUUGGACCUUUUCCUCCGCUUCCUUCUGGGCCUCUCAGUGGAGUCUAAUCAGGAGCUCAUUCGAGGUCUGCUGACACACAAAGGAAACAGCUCUGACUGUCAAAAGGACAUAGUUGAGUACAUCAAGUUCAAGUUUGAACACAAUCCAUCUCCAGAGAGAUCCGUCAAUCUGUUCUACUGUCUGAACGAGUUACAUGAUGAUUCACUAGUGAAAGAGAUCCAAAGCUACAUGAGCUCAGGACGUCUCUCUGAAGCUGAACUCUCACCUGCUCAGUGGUCUGCUCUGGUCUUUGUGUUGCUGACAUCAGAGGAGGAUCUGGAAGUGUUUGAGCUAAAGAAGUUCAUAAAGUCAGAUGAAUGCUUUAAGAGACUGCUACCAGUCGUCCGGGAAGCCACAAGAGUUCUGCUCAGCGAGUGUAACCUGACGGAGAGAAGCUGCUCGGCUUUACACACAGUUCUCAGCUCAGAAUCCUCCAAGCUGACUGAGGUGGAUCUGAGCAGUAAUCCUCUGGAGGACUCAGGAGUGAAGCUGCUUUGUGCUGGACUGAAGAGUCCAAACUGUAAGCUGGAGAAACUGAGACUUUCAGACUGCAGUAUAACAGAGGAAGGAUACGCUGCUCUGGCUGAAGCUCUGAAAUCAUCACACCUGAUAGAGCUGGAUCUCAGAGGGAACGACCCUGGAGCAUCAGGAGUGAAGCUGCUCACUGAUGUACUACAGGAUCCACACUGUACACUGGAGACACUGAGUCUGUUGAAAAGUGAGGCAGAGGAAGCCUGUGCUUCUUUAACUGAAGUUCUGGGUCCAAACCCUUUACUGCAGAGAGAACUGGAUCUGAGUGGGAAAAUAUCUGGAGACUCAGGAGUGAAGCAGCUCUCUGCUCUACUGAAGGAUCCACACUGCAGACCUGAGAGACUCAGGCUGAGUAAGAGCGGUAUUACAGAGAGAGGCUGUACUGAUCUGAUAUCAGCUCUUACUGCAAACCCUUCACACCUGACAGAGCUGGACCUGAGUGAGAACACACUGGGAAAUCCAGGAGUGGAGAAGAUCUCUACUCUACUAAAGAGUUCAUCCUGCAAACUCCAGAAGCUUGUACUUUCAGACUGUAAUAUAACAGAGAAAGGAUACACUGCUCUGGCUAAAGCUCUGAAGUCAAACCGCUCAUCACACCUGAUAAACCUGGACCUCAGAGGGAACGACCCUGGAGCAUCGGGAAUGACGGAGAUUAGGAGUUUGAUGAAUGAUACAGAAUGUAAACUGACACUGAGGUUGCUGAAAAGUCCUGAUGCACAGAAAGCUUAUGAUCAUCUGAGUGAAGUUCUGGGUAUAAACCCGAUACUGCAGACGGAUCUGGAUCUGAGUGGGAAAAUAGAAGGAGACUCAGGAGUAGAGCAACUCUCUGCUUUACUGAAGGAUCUACUGGAGGAUCCACACUGCAGACCUGAAAAACUUCAGCUCAGUGAGUGUAAUCUGACAGAGAAAGGAUGUUCAGCUCUGCUCACAGCUCUCAGAUCAGAAUCCUCCACCCUGAGGGAGCUGAAUCUGAGUAAGAACAGGAUUCAGGAUUCAGGAGUGAAGCUGCUCUCUGCAGUACUGAAGAAUAAAGACUGUAAACUGGAGACUGUGAGACUUUCAGACUGCAGAAUAACAGAGGAAGGAUACGCUGCUCUGGCUGAAGCUCUGAAAUCAUCACACCUGAUAGAGCUGGAUCUCAGAGGGAACGACCCUGGAGCAUCAGGAGUGAAGCUGCUCACUGAUGUACUACAGGAUCCACACUGUACACUGAAGACACUGAGGUUGUUGAAAAGUGCUGAUGCAGAGGAAGCCUACAAGUGUCUUACUAACAUUUUCAGAAGAAACCCCUUACUGCACAUGGAGCUGGAUCUGAACAACAACACACCUGAAGACGUCAAAGUGAAGCAUCUCUCGGCUCUGCUGCAGGAUCCACAUUACAGACUGCAGAAACUCACGGUCACGGGGAACCUGGAGUCUAUCCCAGGGAGCAUGGGGCACAAGGCGGGGUACACCCUGGACAGGGUGCCAGUCCAUUGCAGGGCACAAUCAUAUACACGCUCACACACCCAUUCAUACACUACGGACACUUUGGACACGCCAAUCAGCCUACCAUGCAUGUCUUUGGACUGGGGGAGGAAACCGGAGUACCCGGAGGAAACCCCCGCAGCACGGGGAGAACAUGCAAACUCCGCACACACAGGGCCCCAGCGGGAAUCCCCCGCCGGGCGAACGUGCUAACCACUAAGCCACCGUGCGCCCCUGCUGUGUUUAUAUAUUUAUAUGUGUUUAUAUAUUAAUUUUAAUUCUGUCUCAUGUCACAAAUACAUUUAUUUACAUUUACAUUUAUUCAUUUAGCAGACGCUUUUACAGAGACGUACAAAUGAGGAAAUACAAGCAAAGCGAUAUAUCAAGCGGAGAACAAUACAAGUAGUGCUACUGUACAAGAUUUUUAAUUAAAUACACCUGUUACCAGGUCAAGAAAAGCCUGUGGCAAGAAAAUAGCGGAAGUAUACACGGCUAUAGAGCCACAAAAAUGAGUACAGACUAAUGUUCCACACGGACUGGCCUUGAAAUAAAUGACCGUGUCCAUAAUUCAGGUGGAACUCGUACAGACUGCAGUAAGGUACUAAUAAUAUAAAACAUGCCUUAUUUUAUAUACACUCACUGACCACUUUAUUAGGAACGCCUAUAUACUUGAUCGUUCAUGUAAUUUUCCAACCAGCCAAUCAUGUGGCAGCUGCACAAUGCAUGAAAUCAUACUGAUACAGAUCAUGAGCUUCAGUUAAUGUUCACAUCAAAGAUCAGAACGGAGGAACAUGUGAUCUCUGUGACUUUGACUGUUGCAUUGGUUUGAGUAUUUCUGAAAGUGCUGGGAGAUCACACACACACACACACACACACACACACACACACAACAGUCUCUAGGGUUUAUACAGAAUGGUGCAGAAAACAAAAAACAUCCAGUGAGCGUCAGGUAUGUGGGUGGAAACGCCGUGUUGAUGAGAGAGGUCAGAGGAGAAGGACCAGACUGGUUCAAACUGACAGGAAGGUAACCAGUAUAACCAAAUAACAAAUAGCCACUCUCUACAAACAUGCUGAGCAGAAAAGCAUCUCAGAACACACAACACAUCCAACCUUGAGGAUGGGCUACAACAGCAGAAGACCACAUCUGAGGCUACAGUGGACACAGACUCACCCAAACUGGACAGAUGAGGAUUGGGAAACCAUCACCUGGUGUUUUUUUUCAAUCUUCUGCCCAGUUUUGGUGAGGCUGUGAGUGUGUGUACUCAUUCCUUCAUUCAAGUGCUUUAUCCUGGUCAGGGUGAGCACCUAGGGGGCAAUUUAGUGUAGCUAAUCCACCUUUCUGUGUAUUUUUGGAUGGUGGGAGAAAACAGGAGAACCGCUGAAACACUACACAGACAGUAACCAGAGAUCAGGAUCUCUCUCUCUCUCUUUCUCUCCCUCUCUCUGCCUCUCUCACUCUCUCUCUCUCU